UGGGAGGAGGGGUGUGGGGGAAGGGAAGAGGGAGGACGAGAUCGAGAACACCGAGUCGGCUUCUUUCUACGGCCGUGUCCGUGCCGCUCUGCUGUCCCACCAGUCUCGAGGCCGCUUCGCUCACCUCCCCUCCGCUUCGUGUUCUCCUCCCCCUUGUUGGUGGACCUCCCACCAUUCGUCUCGCGGAGAGAUCUGCGUCGGCGCUCUCGAGGGGCAUCGGGAUCGAGGCCGAGAUGGUGCCGAACAGCGUCGCGAAGCCGUGCUUCGGCGCUGUAUGACCGUGCUGGCCGCAGGGUUUUCCUUCGAAUCGAGGGCUCGGUGGGCGGCGGCGGAGGGCCAGGAGGAGGCGGGGUGCAUGAGGGAUUUGGUUGGGGAUUGGAGACGGGCGAGGAGGGACUGCAGGCUCGUGAUCCGGAGCAGGUGCCGGUGGGGCAAAUGCGGCUGAGAUUGCCGCGGACUGUUGUCUUCUGAAGUUGAAUCAGCCGAUUUCUUUCCGAACUUCAACUAGUCGGAGGGUCCUUAUUUACUCUGCGCAACAGGAAAGAGAAGGGGGAGAUAAGGAUCUAUUUUAGGAGGAAGAGUACAAGAGUGUAUAGUCAAGUCCUAAAAGAUGCAGCAAGAUCAGCGAAAGAAGGGGAGUUUACUGUUGCAUCUAAAUAUGGAGAUGUGAACCUCGCUGCUGUAGAACACAUCGGAGAUGGACUUCUUCACGGAAUAUGGGGAUGUCAGCAGGUACAAAGUUCAGGAGGUCAUUGGUAAAGGGAGUUAUGGACUUGUGUGUUCUGCCAUUGACACACAUACCGGUGAAAAAGUGGCCAUAAAAAAGAUACAUGAUAUUUUUGAACACAUUUCUGAUGCUGCUAGGAUUCUUCGUGAGAUUAAGCUUCUUAGGCUUUUAAGACAUCCUGACAUCGUGGAGAUAAAACACAUUAUGUUGCCUCCAUCAAGAAAGGACUUCAAAGAUAUUUAUGUUGUCUUUGAGCUCAUGGAGUCAGAUCUUCACCAAGUCAUAAAGGCUAAUGAUGACUUAACCAGGGAGCAUUACCAGUUCUUUCUUUAUCAACUGCUUCGUGCAUUAAAAUAUAUCCAUACAGCUAAUGUUUAUCACCGAGAUCUAAAACCAAAGAACAUUCUGGCAAAUGCAAACUGCAAACUUAAAGUAUGUGAUUUUGGUUUAGCAAGAGUUGCAUUUAAUGACACACCAACAACUAUAUUCUGGACGGAUUAUGUUGCAACCAGAUGGUACAGAGCUCCAGAGCUAUGUGGAUCAUUUUAUUCGAAGUAUACCCCUGCUAUUGACAUUUGGAGCAUUGGAUGCAUUUUUGCUGAACUCUUGAUUGGAAAGCCACUUUUCCCUGGUAAAAAUGUGGUUCACCAACUGGAUUUGAUGACUGAUCUUCUAGGAACACCUUCCUUAGACACCAUUUCUCGGGUGCGUAAUGAGAAAGCAAGAAAAUAUUUAAGCAGUAUGAGGAAAAAACAACCAGUGCCCUUUUCUCAGAAGUUUCCAAAUGCUGACCCACUAGCUCUAAAAUUAUUAGAAAGGCUUUUGGCGUUUGACCCAAAAGAUAGGCCAUCAGCUGCGGAGGCCUUAGCUGACCCUUAUUUUAAGGGUCUGUCUAAAUUGGAAAGAGAACCUUCAUGUCAACCAAUUUCAAAAAUGGAGUUUGAAUUUGAGCGCCACAGGGUGUCAAAGGAGGACAUUAGGGAACUUAUCUUUCGAGAAAUAUUGGAAUAUCAUCCACAACUUCUCAAAGAGUACAUUAAUGGAACUGAAAGACCAAACUUCCUAUACCCCAGCGCUGUUGACCAAUUCAGGAAGCAGUUUGCGUACCUUGAGGAAAAUCGUGGUAAAAGUGGACCAGUAGUUCCAUUAGAGAGAAAGCAUGUUUCUCUCCCUCGAUCGACUGUGGUCCAUUCUACUUCAGUUCCUCCAAGGGAGCAACCAAAUUUGGCUUCAUCAAGAGGGAGUCAAGUCAUGGAUGACACAUCCAACAACCCUGGAGACAGUGGAGCACCUAGAAAUGUUGCAAGGACUUCACAGUUACCUCAGAGGAUUCCAACUGCUAAACCUGGGAGAGUGGUGGGUUCUGUGCUGCCAUAUGAACAUGGAGGUCCAAAAGAUUCCUAUGAUCCAAGGAGGCUGAUUAGAAAUCAUGGCUUUCCACCCCCGCCGGUCAUUCCUCCCACCUUCUGUUUCAACAGAGCGAUGGCCAAUCCGACAUGCUCGGAGCGGAACUCAGUAGAGGCAGAGAGACUCGUGAUGGACCGGAAACCUCACCGAUCUGUGCCUGACUUGGUUAUGGACAUGGGUGUCCACGCUUUCUGUCAGCCUCGAGGUGCGAAGGCUGAUUCAAUGGAAGACGGGAUGAUCGUGGAUGCGAACAUGCUACCCCCAAAACCUACAUACAACGGCAUCGCUGCUGCUGCUAAUAUGGGCGCUGGUGUCAUGCAGUUUGGCGUAGCAAGAAUGAAAUAGGUCGCAAUAUGUUGGUAAUGGUGUUAACUUGUAUUACUCAUGAGGGAAGAGAAAGCAAGGUUCUCCAAUAUUAUGUUAGUUUAUUGUGGAUGCCCUCCUAAAUUACCGUAGAUGAAACCCCCGAUGCCUUCUUUUUUUUUUUUUCUCGUACUAUUUGCUUCUUUCCUUUGUUUUCCUCCCGCGAGAUAUCUCCCGUAGAGCGAGUAUAAUGUCUUAAGCUUGUUUUUAGUCAACAGGGAUGGCUGCAAAUGUUGCAAAAACAAUAAUAUUUUGAUAAAUUACAAUAUAUGUCUAUUCAUCCA